AUGCCUUUAUUAUGCGUAUUUAAAGGCGAAUUAUGGUAUUCUUUACAUUUCGUCAUAGUAUACAUUAUUUUUGGUUUCAAAUGCGUGUUAUGUGAAAGCGUCAAUAACUCUGUUAUUGAUGGAAAGUCAAGUGAUCAUUUAAUCAUAUGGAUUUCAACUGGACUAGGUAUAUCGGUUGCUGUUCUUAUCAUAAUUGUAUGCUGCUUGCUUGUACUAGUUUGUAAUCUUAGGUCAAUAAAGUGUGAUUCGGAGCCAGCUAUUUUUAAAGAUCCAAAUACUAACGGAAACAGCUGUUUGCCUGGUGACCGUGUUCUUGCCACAUCUGCUCAACGGUAUCAUUUCAGCCAUCAGAAACAACAGAUGCUAGGUGAACAUAAAUUUUCCGUUGUACCUGAAAGAGGCGAUAGCCCACCCAAAGUGCUCUAUUCCAAUUUAAAACCUGCUGAGAAAUUAGAAAUUGAGAAUCCAGGUUUCACAGGACCUGCAGAAAAUAAUAGUGAUAACUCAACAACAAUAAACCAAUCUACAACACAAUAA